GUGCAUGAACAACAAUGGUGGAUGUGAUCAUAACUGCAAAAACUUCGAAGGAAGCUAUGAAUGCUCCUGUAGAGCUGGUUACAAACUGAAAAGAGACAAACACUCUUGUAAAGAUAUCAAUGAGUGUGCAACCAACGGAGGUGGUUGUAAUCAAAUUUGCGAUAAUAGACCUGGUAGUUAUAAGUGCAAGUGUUGGACUGGAUACAAAAUGUCUUCUGAUAACCAUACGUGUGUUGAUAUUGACGAGUGUAAAGUCAACAAUGGUGGAUGCAGUCAUACUUGUAUCAAUUUUGCUGGAGGA